GAGGAAUGAUAAAAUAUUUUGUACGCUACAUUAAUACGACACACGUCAAAAUUAAAUUCCAACAAAUCAAGACGCAAGUGGCUGUCCAAUCCCAGCAUUUCAUACCCCCCACCAUCCAUGUCCGACGGUGACGAUUAUCACAGCGGUCAAUCCAACGGUCUCAAUAUAGUGUCGUUACAUUAACAGCACCGAUAAUUUGGUCUUUUUGUCACGGGAUUUCAAUUAAGUCAAAUGUUUAGUAUAAGCAAAUUUCCUUCCCAUCAGAGCCGUUCAUUUCGAAUCCGACCAAUCGUACGGCUCUUGAUGAAAGCUCUUUUAGGCACGUCCACACAAUUUCAAAACCCCGACCAUAGUCACGGCGAUGAAUGAAAUGAGGUCAUUUCAAUUUCCAGCCUGGCUUCAUUCGUCCUUUUAAUAUUCCAGCCCCACCAAAAAGUAAUUCAUUCUGAAUUCCCGAUUUUACCCUUCUCUUCUUCUCAAAUGCUUCGUCGUCCUUUUCCACAUCUCGGAAAGGAAAGAAAAACCCUAAUGGCCUUUCCGGUUCUACUCUUCUUCAUCGCCGUAACCGUAUGGGUUCCGUCGACGGUCGUCGCCGGUGACCUUCCGGUGUUUAGAGAAGCGCCGGCAUUCCGAAACGGUCGAGAAUGUCUCCGUACGACGAAGCCAUCCGUCAUCCACAUCGCCAUGACUUUAGACGGUACGUAUCUUCGGGGAUCGGUGGCCGGAGUGUUUUCCGUACUUCAGCACUCAUCCUGCCCGGAAAACAUCGUGUUCCAUUUCAUCGUCACUCACCGGCGGUUAGAGCUUCGGCGUAUUAUCACCACCACAUUUCCCUACCUGAACUUCCAUCUCUACCAUUUCGAUUCAAAUCUGGUAAGAGGAAAAAUCACCUACUCCAUUCGACGAGCUUUAGAUCAGCCGCUGAAUUACGCGAGAAUGUAUCUAGCGGACCUAUUACCAACCACCGUCGGAAGAAUCAUCUACUUCGAUUCAGAUCUGGUGGUGGUGGACGAUGUAGCGAAGCUUUGGAAAAUCAAUUUGGGGAAUCACGUGCUGGGAGCGCCAGAGUAUUGCCAUGCAAAUUUCACGAAUUACUUCACCCCGAAAUUCUGGUUGAAUUCGGAACACGCGGCGGCGUUCAAGGGGCGGAAAGCGUGCUAUUUCAACACAGGGGUGAUGGUUAUCGAUUUGGAGAAAUGGAGGGAAGGGAAGUACACGGAAAGGUUGGAGAAAUGGAUGAGGAUUCAGAAGAGGAACAGAAUUUAUGAGUUGGGAUCGCUGCCUCCAUUUUUGCUGGUUUUUGCUGGGGAUGUUGAAGGAGUAGCGCACCGGUGGAACCAACAUGGGCUGGGUGGGGAUAAUCUGAAAGGGGUUUGUAGGAAUCUUCAUCCUGGUCCAGCCAGUCUACUCCAUUGGAGUGGAAAGGGGAAGCCAUGGCUCAGAUUGGAUGCCAAGAAGCCAUGUCCACUCGACACCUUAUGGGCUCCUUACGAUCUUUCUCGUCAUUCCUCUCUGUUUUCUGAUAAUUGAAGUCGCCGGAGGAAGCACGGCCGCCGGUGACGGCUCAUUAAGCUGAGCUCAUGGUUCAACCGUAGCGCGUGUCGGCCUGUUGGGUUGGUUGUAUUUUGGGCUGGGCUACAGCCUGCAACAUUGUAAAAAUGGAUUCGUUUUUUCUUUUAUUUUUAGACAAAAUGAUUUUUUAGGUUCAAAUGAUCUUUGUGAUGUGAUGUAGAUUGAAUCAGUGACUGCAAUCAUAUGCUUUCUUUUAAUCCAACUCAUGAAAUUAGUGAGUGAA